GGUCGCAGUCACUCGCAUAACACGGUUCCAGACGCUUCAAUAAAAUGCAUACUUUACAAGAUAAAGUUGCGGUCGUAACUGGAGGGGCUGGGGGUAUAGGAGCCAGUAUUGUCAGGGAAUUUGUGAAAGAGGGAGCUAAGGUAACAAUUUUGGAUGUCGAUGAGCAAGGAGGGAAGAAUCUGGUACAGGAAUUGUCGAAACAUGGGAAGAGCGUGCAAUUUAUCCGAUGUGAUGUCAGCAUCGAAGAGCAUCUCCUAAAGGCUUUCCAAAACGUCAUUGCUCGAGAUGGCGGGAUAGACGUUGUAGUGAACAAUGCAGGCAUUGCUGACGAGUCCUUUGAAGGUUUUAAGAAACAAAUUGGCUUGAACUAUACAGGUGUGAUUUCCUCAACGAUUAGGGUAAUGGAGAUAAUGCGUAAAGACAGAGGAGGCAAAGGUGGAACCAUCAUCAACGUAUCAUCUAUUCUGGGAAUGAAGAGAUAUUGUCCAGGUCUCUACGUUUAUGGUUCAAUUAAAAAUGCACUUAUACAUUUCGGCAGUUCUAUUGGGAUGAAAGAAUAUUUUACCCGCACUAAUGUACGAGUUAUGACCAUGUGCUUUGGCAUUACGAAUACAGGCAUUCUUGAGAAUUCAAAAAGCUUCGAUGAUCAAGUCCGACGCGAGUUUGAACAGAGGUUACAGUAUGCCUUAGCAAGAAACUCCGGACAAAGUGCGGAAGAUGCCGCUAAGGGAAUGGUGGAAUGUUACAAGAACGGCGAAAGUGGUAGCACUUGGCUGGUCAAUAAAGGUGUUAUUACUGACGUUUCGGAUGAUGUGACAAAAGCUUAUGAUAUACUGAGUGAGAAAGUCAUCAUAUAAACAUAAAUCCUGUACUACGCUGUACAAGCAGGUGUGCAAUACGACGUGCAACUUUUUUUAUAUAUGUUUAGCAGUUUGAAUAUCAAACUAUUUAACUUUGCACCGCAUUGAUUUUCAAUAAAAUUUUCAAGGCAUUUUUAACCCUUUAUUGCAAUUGUAAUUGUAACAUUUAAAAAUAUAUAGUAUAUAAUGAUA